GACAUCGUCUCUUGGAUACACAGGCUAAAACACACAAUCAGAGGGGCGUUGCCUGCUCGCUUUAAAUUCUCGUAGCUCUUGCGCAAGUUUGAUACUUCCCCAUCCUGUUCUCCAGCAGCACUCAGUUCGUGUGUCAAUAUCUGCAGCCAUGCCGUCUGAGUUGGAGCGUUCCAUGGAGUCCCUGAUCAUGGUGUUCUAUCGCUAUGCUGAAAAGGAUGGUGACGGCAACACACUGAGCAAGAAGGAGCUCAAAGAGCUGAUGAAGACAGAACUGGCCAGCUUCCUGAAGUCCCAGAAGGACCCAGCCGCCAUAGACACAAUCAUGAAGGAUCUGGACCAGAAUGGUGAUGGGAAGGUGAGCUUUGAGGAGUUUGUCUCUCUGGUGGUGGGCCUCUCCAUUGCCUGUGAACAGAUCUACCAGCUCCACACCCAAAAGGUUGUUGCCAAGAAGUGAAGGAGGACAGGACAAGGAGAAAGAGAAGCAGAGAUGGAUGCUUUUCUAAAUGUCAUUUUGCUUUUCUAUACGUCAACUAAGUCUUACUGUUGUGAAUAAACACUGGCUUUCCCACUCUGUA